UCAACGAUGCAUGCAGAUGAUGAUGCAUAUCACCCAAUAAUAGAUUUUAUGUCCAGCUCAUCGACGUCAGCUCCCGAGGUUCAAUCACCAGCGGUAAUCAGAAGUGAGGGGCCUUUUCAGGCAUUCGCAUCGUCUGGGCCUAUUAGCCUGGCGGUUAUGGCCCAACAGUUUAGUGGUCAGACAAGCAGCUCUUAUGGGAUGACUGAGGGGCCUUUACCUGCAUUCACUGGACAGAGCUCUUCAAUUGGGAGGAGACUGAGUUUUACCGAUUCUCCCAUGGCAUUUGAUGUUGGAUCCUCACACAUUCCUGUGCCGGAUGUACAGACUUUAGAGCCACAGGAUACAGGUGUGAUACAAGAGGAGGUUCACCAACGUAGAUCAAAACGAGAACGUCGUCAAACUCGGUGUGGCACGGGGGGGAAAAAGGGACAUUGUAAAAAUUAAAUUUUUAUUAUAUAGUGGGUAACUUCAAGUUGGGAAAAAUUACUAUUUUUAUUUGCCAAUUUCUGUCUGUUUUUAUUCAAUUCUGGUUCACCUCGUUUCUGCAUAUUUAAUGUGUGUAAAGUUUGCAACAAAAUGGAAUUGGAAAAAG